CAUAUAUAUAUAUAGGAGAAUCGUAAAAGUUAAAAUACUUAACGUACUUAAGUUAAACGUUCCUUUAAACGUAAAUCAAAUCAAAUUAAUUUAAUCAAAAUGACCGGACGUCGCGUCACACUCAGCACACGCGUUUCACGCGCAUCCACAUCCACCCCGGUGGGUGGUGCAUCCACUUCCCGUUCGGGAGGUGCCACAAGUCCCACCAGCCCAGCGCGCACAACCCGCCUGCAGGAGAAAGAGGAUUUGCAGCAUUUAAAUGAUCGUUUGGCCUGCUAUAUCGAUCGUAUGCGUAAUCUGGAGAAUGAGAAUAGUCGGCUAACACAGGAAUUGCAUUUGGCUCAGGAUACGGUUAACCGUGAGACAUCCAAUUUGAAGGCUGUCUAUGAAAAGGAAUUGGCUGCGGCACGUAAAUUGCUGGAUGAAACGGCCAAGGAGAAGGCCAAAUUGGAGAUCGAUAUCAAACGUUUGUGGGAGGAAAAUGAUGAUUUGAAACAGAGACUUGAUAAAAAGACAAAAGAGGCCACCACAGCUGAAAAUAAUGCCCGUCUCUAUGAAUCUCGUUAUACGGAAGUCAAUGGCAAAUAUAAUCAAGCCUUGGCCGAUCGCAAGAAAUUCGAGGAUCAAUCCAAGGAGUUGGCUUUGGAGAAUGAUCGUCUGCGUCGCCAGUUGGACGAUUUGCGUAAACAAUUGGAGGCUGAGACAUUGGCCCGUGUUGAUCUAGAGAAUCAGAACCAGAGUCUGCGCGAGGAAUUGGCCUUCAAGGAUCAAGUGCAUUCACAGGAAUUAACCGAGACACGCUCACGUCGCCAGAUUGAGAUCAGUGAGAUCGAUGGUCGUCUGACCAGACAAUAUGAGGAUAAAUUGCAGAAAUCUUUGCAAGAAUAUCGCGAUCAAUAUGAGGCACAAUUGCGCGCCAAUCGUGAAGAGAUCGAACUGCUCUAUGACAAUGAGAUACAAAAUCUGAAGGCAGCUGCCUCACGGGCAGCUCAGGGUUCGGCUCAUGCCACCGAGGAGAUGCGUCUGAUGCGUACAAAGAUUGAUACCUUGAAUGGCAAGCUACAGGAUCUCGAGAAUACUAAUGCGCAAUUGAAUGCAAGAAUUCGUGAACUGGAGAACACUUUGGAUACGGAACGUCAACGUCAUAAUCAAUAUAUUGCCUCCCUGGAGGCCGAGUUGCAACGUAUGCGCGACGAGAUGGCCCAACAAUUGCAAGAAUAUCGCGAUUUGAUGGACAUCAAGGUGUCGUUGGAUCUGGAAAUUGCUGCCUACGACAAGUUGCUGUGCGGUGAGGAGCAUCGUUUGAACAUCACCUCGCCGGGACGUCCAAGCGACUCGGGUGUUUCAAGCAAUGGCACACACUUGAGCAGCAGUGGCACUCGGUCCGGACGUGUUACGCCCAGUGGACGCCGUUCGGCAACACCUGGCAUUUCCGGCUCCGGUGCUGUGAAACGUCGCCGCACUGUCAUCGAUGAGAGUGAGGAUCGCACAACAUCCGAAUAUUCGGUUAAUGCCGCUGCCAAGGGUGAUCUGGAGAUCAUUGAGGCCGAUGUUGAGGGCCGAUUCAUUAAAUUGCACAACAAGGGCACCGAAGAAAUCAAUCUAACCGGCUGGCAAUUGACACGCAUUGCUGGUGACGAGGAGUUGGCCUUUAAAUUCUCACGCGGCUCGAAAGUGCUGGGCGGUGCCAGUGUUGCCAUAUGGUCGGUCGAUGCCGGUGUCGCACACGAUCCGCCAAACAAUUUGGUAAUGAAGAAAAAAUGGCCUGUGGCCAAUUCAAUGCGCUCCGUCCUGGCCAAUGCCGACAAAGAGGAUGUUGCCAGCUACGACCGUGUCCGUGCUAACGUUUCCAGCCAUGUCUCGAGGCAUAGGAGCAGCGGUACCCCUGGCUCAGGUUUUACCCUCGGUUCCGGAGCUGGCUCCACUGGUGUGAGAAGUCUCUUUUCGUUGCUCUUCUAAGGACUAAGACCCACAAGGAACAGUCAACAACCAACAACAUUCACACAUCAACAAAAUCAACUAUGACCUUUAGCAUAUCAAUCAAGCACUACCAACAAAAACAACAACAUACAAAAAUGUCCUUUGUAUGAUGCGUACAACAAAAACAUUGUAAACUUUUGUUCGUUUUUUUUGUAAACAUAAUAUUUUUUUUGUGUUUUCUUUCUUUCGUGUAUAAUUUAUAUUACCGUUAGUUACGAACUUAAUUUUUUUGGCUGGCUUUCCACCUUUUUGUUUUCUACUCUUUUGUAACUAUGUUUAAAUAUACUUAUAAUUCUUAAGUACAAAAACAAAUUAUGUAUGUUUGUGUGUCUAUGUUUAAAACAAAAAAGAAAAGAAUAUCUUUACUUUUUGUUUUUUUGCAUUUCUCUCUCUGUCUCAGAUCAAAAAUAGAAAAGAAAAAAUAAAACUGACAAGAAAAAUA